GGAAAUGUUAGAAGGGAACCUAGACUUUCUGCAAAUUCCUCCAAAGCCUUACCUAUAUUCUUCCUCAAGAACAGAGGAGGAGACUUUUGCUUGAUCAGUGGGAGGAUUUAAUAUGACUUACACUUCUUUUAUAUGCUUUCUUCUGAUCAGUUACUUAGUUCAGGCAAAUUGCAGAAAUGAUUCAACUUGUCCAAAGUCCUUUUCAUGUGGAAAUCUUACUGACCUGAGCUUUCCUUUCUCUCUUUCCACACAACCUGACUGUGGAAUAGUGCCCAUCUCUGGUUGUGAUGCUAAACCAUAUCCGAGAAUCCAACUGCUUCCUGGAGGAGAUUCGUACUAUGCUUUAGGAAAUCCAUUUAAUUAUACAGUUUUUCUCGGGGACCCCAAGCUUCAUGCCAAGUUGAGGCAACACAAGUGCCAAGCAUUUAACAAAAAGUUCUCCCUUCCAAACUCUUCUUCUAUUUCUUUCAUACUUCUCCUAUUGAAUUUUGUCAACUUCUUCAAAUGCAACAUCACUAGUAAUAGCACCCCAAACGUUACCCACACAAAUGACCAUUUUGCUGGUUAUAAAAGGUACAAUGGCUGUACAGGCUUCAGCAUAUACUACAAGCUUCGCCUAGGUGAUCAUGAAGAUGCUCAUGCUGGCAAUCUUCCAGCCAACUGUUCACUUAACAGAUUGCCAAUUGGCUCGAUAUCAGAUGAAGGUGGUUUGUUCAAUAUGUUAAGCGCCGGUUUUCUAGUACAAUGGAAACUGUCUGCGGACUGUUACAAAUGUCACUAUGGCGGAGGUCAAUGCCAGACCGAUAUAACCAACAAAUUUCAUUGUUCAUAUCCAAAUAAUCCACAUGAUCAUCAAAAAAAUGAUCUAAAUGCUCAAGAUGCAAAAAUGACUAGAAGCAAGUUGGGACCGACUCUGGGAGCAGGUGCAGUUCUGUUUACAGUUGGACUGUUGGUUUUACUCUUUUACUUCAGAGAGAAGAUUUUGUGGUACAAAUACAUCAGGUUUUGGGAGUCUAAUGCUGAGGAUCACCAAAAUAUUGAAGCAUUUUUAAAGAACUAUGGAUCGUGUUAUCCAAAGAGAUACAACUAUUUAGAAGUCAAAAGAAUCACCAGUGGCUUCAAAAAUAAACUUGGUCAAGGAGGAUAUGGUUCUGUAUACAAAGGAUGUCUGCAUAACGGAAGUCAUGUGGCUGUGAAGGUCCUGAAGAAACUAAAAGGCAGUGGUGAAGAAUUCAUUAACGAGGCAGCAAGUAUUAGCAAGACCUCACAUGUUAACGUCGUGAGCCUUGUGGGAUUUUGUUUUGAGGGAUGUAAAAGGGCUCUCGUAUAUGAAUUUAUGCCAAAUAGAUCUCUUGAAAAAUUUAUUUAUGAGGAAAGAUCCGACAGUGUUCACCAACUGGCUUGGCCAAUACUGUACAAAAUUGCACUAGGCAUAGCUCGAGGAUUGGAGUACUUGCAUCGUGGUUGUACCACUCGGAUUUUGCAUUUUGAUAUAAAGCCUCAUAAAAUCCUGCUUGAUGAAGAUUUUUGUCCGAAGAUCUCUGACUUUGGACUAGCCAAACUGUGCAUGAAAAAGGAGAGCAUUGUGUCAAUGUUUAGUGCACGAGGGACUAUCGGUUAUAUUGCUCCAGAAAUUGUUUGCAGAAACUUGGGAGGUGUCUCUCACAAGUCUGACGUCUAUAGCUAUGGAAUGAGGGUCCUAGAGAUGGUUGGAGGAAGAAAAAAUGUUGACGUUGGAGUUGAUCGCACGAGUGAAAUCUGCUUUCCACAUUGGCUCUAUCAACGAAUUGAACUAGACGAAGAGCUUCAACUAAUUGGGAUAAUGAAUGAAGAGGAGAAAGAAUGUGCAAGAAAGAUGGUGAUGGUGAGUUUAUGGUGUAUACAGACUGAUCCCUCAAAUCGACCAUCUAUGAGCAAGAUUGUGGAAAUGUUAGAAGGGAAACUAGACUCUCUGCAAAUGCCUCCCAAGCCUUAUCCUUAUUCUCCCUCAAGAACAGAGGUAGAUUCAUCAGUAGUAGAACUGGCCUAGCCUUUAUGUGUUCAUAUCUCAGCUAAUAUCACUGCAGUCACAUUUUGU